ACAAAAAUCUUAGCGCAUGCAUUUAUCCAAUACUCCCAAGCCACUCAGCCCCUAGCGGAGGCUCCCUACGGACCGCCUGGAGCAACAAGGGGUCCCUCCGUAGCCUCCUGUGUAGAGAACGGAAGCCGCGUCCAAAAAGGCAAUCACGCAUUUUUCGCCGCCCGCCUCUUCCUUUCUCCCUUCAAAUCAUCCGCAACCCCACGACUCCUGUGCGAGGGUCCGAAUCGACACGUUGGUGCAUCAACCCCAACAUCGAAUUCCCAUCGAUUGACGAGUCAACGCUAUCGCACCCGUUGUUGCGACUGCACUCGUCUUCGUUUUCACCCUCGUUGCGCAUUCAAUUUCGCAGGAAUCCGGCUCAAGCCUUGUCUUGCGACCAAAAUCGAGGAAGAUGGGUCUUCGAUUGUAUGAGCCGCCAGUCGAAUCCGACACCCAAUUGCGACCCGCAGCCGACAAGAGCCCCGCGCAAGCGCGCUCAACCAUCCGUCGAGCCCGCCUCGUCCGGCUCAAUCCCGACCAGAUCCGUGACCGUCGCCGUCGCGCUCUAGACGCUACUGCAGCGUAUACUAGUUACGACCCGCCACCUAGACGCAUUUCGUCAUCGCCCGAUUCAACCUCGGCGGCCUCGGCCACGGGCGACAACAAUGACAUGGGACCGGACUCGGAAGCCGGACGCCGAGCGUUGCGCGACGUCGCCAGUCGCAUGGGAAUACUGGACGACCGCGUCGUUGCCCUCUUUGGCGAGCGCUGGGCCCACCUGCAUGCCGGAGCUCAGAACCUCGAUUAUGAAACGUCUCGGUUUCUCCCCUCUACCAUAGGCCCGGGCCUUGAUUCCGACUACUUGCCCCAGAGGCGGCUCGGACGGCCGCCUCCGGCCGAGCAGUAUACCAUGGUGUCUAACAUCAGGUCUACCCAAGCUCCCGAUCACCCUUCUCGCGCCGGGACACGAUCUCCUGCGGCCCUUCAUCGGAUCCGCAUGGCUAACAGCAUGCGCCAGAUGCGUGAGUCGCGAUUCGCUACCGAGACCAGGCCAGCCCUGGGUCCCAGUCGCCGCCGCACCGCGCGGGCGCCACCGUACACCAUCGGUCCAGCUCCACGCCCAGCUCCAGCUCCAGCUUCAGCUCCAGAGCCAUCCCCGGGUGCGGGCCCGGCCUCUGCCACAGUCGACGGCCUGGGUGACCGCAACAGGAGUCUCAGUCCUGAAGAAAAUGCAUGGGACACUUUGUUGUCCACUCUGACGCCCGACCCUCAACCACCGAGCGUGGGGUCUUCUUUUGCGUCUGCUUCCGCUCUCGCCUCGGCAACGACCUCCCAAAGCGCUGCCGCCGCUUCUUCCAGAACUUCGUUCACUAACCCAGAUGCGGCUGAAGAGUCUCCAUUCGAGCCUCCGUGCGAGUCGGGAUGUGAAAAUUCCGAGACGGAGGGUGACGAGGAUGACGAGAUGGAGCACAACCAUCUCACGCGCUUUCACCGGACCGUUCGCGACGGCGGCGGUGACCGUUCGUACGCUGAUAUCGUACGCGAUACCGGCCUAGCCGUCCCCGGUGGCGGUGAUGGUCUCCUCGAGCUUCUGGGCGGCAUUGAGGACAUGCAGCACAUUGUGCGCAACCUUGCUCGGCGAGAGGAUAUCCCCGACGAGUGGUGGGCCGAGGCCGGCCUCUCUCGGACUCUUUCACGAGAGGCGUCGUCGAACUAAUUCCGAGAAACGAACCGGGAAAUCCAUUUCUUUUAGUUCUUUUCUUAUGUUUCCUUCUCUCCUUGGAUAUGGUGAAACCAGAGGGGGGUUUCACUUGCUCGACAUGGGGCGGGGUGGAAACUUUUUCCUUUCACGAACGAUUUUCUGGAGAAAAGGCAUGCGAAGUGCGUAAUUCCUUGCGUUCUAGCGGAAGGCGUUUUGGAUAUUUUAUUGGCUUUGUUAUCUCAAUGGCCAUGGCUUGUCUUUUUGGGAGUUAAAUUAUGUGGGACUUGAUCUGGGUUUUCUUUUUUCCCACUUUGUGACUGGGCACGAAAACGCUUU